AUGAUGAAACUGCCGGCAGUCCUGUGCGCCGCACUGUUUCUCUCUGAGGGACAGGCUGCACCUACGACGGCAUCCAACUUGACUGGUCGGGCCCAGAACCUUGUCCCCAGCGGCAUCAUCAUCAACCACUGCACUGUUGCUGGUGUCGUGGCGCUUACAUUCGACGAUGGGCCGUUCAGAUACACCAGCCAGGUCCUAGAUCACCUGGAUCGGUACGGCGCCAGGGCGACCUUCUUCGUCAACGGGGAGAACUGGUCGAGGGGCAUUGCCGAUGAAUCGACCCCCUGGCCCGACAUACUGCGACGGAUGGACCACUCGGGCCACCAAAUCGGGUCACACACAUGGUCGCAUGUUGACCUCUCGACCGUCGCGCCAGAGGCGCGGUAUUACCAGAUCCGUCGGCUCGAGAGGGCCCUCCGCACCGAGUGCCUGAAUGACAUGCAGCGGAUGGGUUAUCAUGUGGUCAACUUCGAUGUCGAUCCCAAGGACUACCUCUAUCAGCGACCCGGCGAGAUCCAGGCGGCCAUGGACAACUUCUCGGGGGCUCUGAACGCUGGGUGGUGGGGUGGCUCGUUCCUGGUGCUGGCCCACGACUCUCUCCCUCAGACGGCGGACGCUCUGGUCCCGCACAUGCUGGAAGAGAUACGGCAGCGCGGAUACAGGGCGGUGACGGUGGGCGAAUGCCUCGGCGAUCCCCGCGAGAACUGGUACCGGUGGGCAUGAAGGCAGUUUGGCUGGGGCGGAUAGGCAUAACCGUCACGUGUAAGCCGUCCGACGAAACGCUGGACAACAGAGGCGCGAGGGGGAGCUUGCAUUUGCUUGAGAUGGUACAGCUUGAACGGUUGUGAAGGUGGGAGGCGGGUAUCGGCCUAUGAUUGGGAGUCUUUUUGUUUGAACGGACCCCGAGAGUGCUCCCGGGCCCUUUGAAGAGAACGGACUGGUCCGACAAUGUCAUCGAUUCUCGAGUAUCGAUAGACUCUGGUCGGUGUUUCUAUAAUGUGAUGUGCAUUCUUUGACGCGAAGGUGGUUUUAUAAGGUAGCCCUGGAAAUCCACACGGUCUAUGUACCUAUGUCCUACUUUUGGUGCACCUUCUGCCCUGAGCGGCUCUGCAACUCGUUCAAAAUAUCGCU